GUGACCGUGAUUGCCGUGACGGCGGAAGUGACGAGAUGAACUGUCCGCCCUUCCACUGCAAGCCGGGCAUGUUCCAGUGUCGGAACAACCAAACGUGCAUCUCGAGGGUCCGCAUUUGUGACGGCAGGGCGGACUGCUCUGACUCGUCAGAUGAGAGUUUCUGCGAUACUGACUGUGGAGAGCACAGUUUCAAGUGCAAAAAGUCCGGCCGAUGCGUGCCCAGCUCCUGGCAGUGUGAUGGUGACGCUGAUUGCUCUGAUAACAGCGACGAAGAUCCGGCAGACUGCCACAAGGGGGAAUGCGAUCCCGACACGCAGUUCAAGUGCGACAACGGAAAGUGCAUCCCGAAGCUGUGGAAAUGUGACCAGAUGGACGAUUGCGGCGACAACUCAGAUGAGCCAGCGUACCUGUGCCGCAACCAGAACUGCAGUACUGGGUGGUUGAAGUGUCCCUCCCGACUGAACUACCGAUGCAUUCCAAGCUGGCUCUUUUGUAACGAUCAAAACGACUGCCUCGACAAUGGAGACGAGACUCACCCUGAGUUGUGCCCGAAGUGCCACAACACCGGUGAUUUUAAGUGCAAGAACGACCGCUGCAUUCCGAUGAGGUGGCGCUGUGAUUUUGAAGAUGAUUGUGGUGAUUCUAGCGACGAAGAUCCGACAAUGUGCGCCGAUCUGUACCGCGAGUGUUCGGAGAGUGAGUUUCAGUGCGGAAACAAAAAGUGCAUUCCUUCGAGAUGGCGAUGCGACCAUGACACUGACUGCAGUGACGGGCUUGAUGAGAAACAGUGCCAGGACUACCAGUGCAAGGCCGACCAGUUCAAGUGCAACUCGGGGCACUGCAUUUCGAAAAAACUCGUCUGCGAUGGCUCAAAAGACUGCCUCAUGGACGUAUCAGACGAGCUAAACUGCCCACCUCGAUAUCCCAAUGGUCGCCACUGUCCGGAGAACCUCUUCCAGUGCAACAACACGGUCUGUCUGCGGCAUGACUUCCUCUGCGACGGUGAUGACGGGGAUUGUGGUGGCGGUGACACUAGCGAUGAAGCAGAGGAGAUGUGCUCGCAGUUUGAGUGUGAUCCCUCAAAGAAGUUCCAGUGCACCAACAAAAAGUGCAUUCCGUUGUGGCAAAUCUGCAAUGGAUUCGAUGAAUGCGGCGACGGAAGUGACGAGAACAAUCACACCCUCUGUCGGCGCUACCCGAUGCCCUGUCUGCCAACGCAGUACAAGUGUGCUAACGACAGAUGCAUUGAGAUGAACAAAAUGUGCGAUCAUUCCGACAAUUGCGGUGAUUUUUCGGAUGAGAGAGGCUGCCAUAAGGGCACCUGUGACGCACUGACCAGAGGUGGUUGUCAGCACAACUGCUCAGUGGUUGACGAAGGUGCUUACAUUUGCGUCUGUCCAAGAGGAUACGCCGUGGACGAGGCGAAUCCGAAGACUUGCAAGGACAUCAACGAGUGCGCCACUUUUGGCGGUCACAAUUGCUCUCAGAUAUGCAUCAACCUGGAGGGCACGUACGCCUGCAGCUGUAAGGCCGGUUUCGACCUGGUGGAGGAUCGCUGCGUGGCACAGGGAAAGGCGGGGCCCGUAAUACUGUACUCUGACGGACCGGAGAUUCGCUCACUGGANCAGAUAUGCAUCAACCUGGAGGGCACGUACGCCUGCAGCUGUAAGGCCGGUUUCGACCUGGUGGAGGAUCGCUGCGUGGCACAGGGAAAGGCGGGGCCCGUAAUACUGUACUCUGACGGACCGGAGAUUCGCUCACUGGAGUCGGCGGCGGCCAACCAGCUGCAGUCCUCGGUCGUGUCAGGGGAGACGAGAAUACAGUCGGUGGACUACGAUCCCACCACAAAGAUCGUCUACUGGGCGGACUCCUAUGAUCUGUCCAUCAAGCGAGCAGUGCUGCCCAAUCUGGAGGACGUCUCGCACGGCAUGGCCUUCUCGCAGGACAUCAAACUGAAGGACGCCAAGAGCAAGCCGGUGGAUUUGGCCGUCGACUGGGUGGCGAAGAACCUCUACUGGGCAGACGUUGAUGCCAGCGGAAUGAAACCUCAUGGACGCAUUCUCACCAGUCUUCUCGACGGAAGGUACAAGCGAUCGCUGGUCACUGCGGACCUAGAGCGACCCACUUCGCUGGUCGUGGAUCCUGAAUUUGGAUUGAUGAUUUGGGCCGACGGCGGUUCGAGUCCAAAGAUUGAAAGCAGCUGGAUGGACGGCACGAAGCGUCGAGCAGUGGUCAGCGAGAAGCUGGGCACACCUUCCGGUCUGGUAGUGGACUACGCCGCCGGCCACCGACUGUACUGGUGUGACGCCAAGCUGAACACCAUCGAGUCAAUAAACCUCGAUGGCAGCAAUCGGGUGACAGUAGCGCACGGUGAGCUGCAUCAUCCCACCAGUUUGGAUCUCUUCGAGGAUCAA